AUGUCUCUGAUCAGAAGCCAUCACCAUCUCUCGCUGGCGCGCGCUUCUUGCCCAGUUUCAACCCCUCUUUUGCGUCAACUGGUAGCUCCAACCUCGUCGUCGUCACCUGGGCUCAGCAGGGGGUAUGGGCCAACUAUAUCUACUUUUGGGGCUGAUAUAAAGACUCAGACCUUAUAUACUAUUUCGAGCCAAAAGAAGCAGCUCAAGAAUAUGUUCAUUGAGACUUCACCUUUAAAAGCACAAAUACAGCCUCAGCAGCUUAAGCCACGAAUACCACCACGAACUGUUACACAACUGCGCAUUCGAUUACCUCUGCUUUUUUCUUCUUCUCUGUCGGGCCAUGCUGGGAUUGGGGCCCGAUUUUGUGAGGCAACAGUGGGCCAUCGGAUUCAGACGGCCCGGUUUUCCACCACCUCGCAGUGGAUACGACGCGGCAGGGGUGUUCCAAGUCUAAGUUUGCCAGCGACACAUUCACAACAUCAUCUCUUUUUUAGCACAACAGCAAUGAACAACAACAGUAACACCAAGCCCACCGACGGCAACAAGCAUAGCCAUUCGCAUGAAGGUUCCAACCACAAUCAUGUUCAUGAACACAGUGACCAGGAACAUGCUGCUAAGCCUCAUACUCAUUCACAUGAGGAACCGCAUUCGCACUCACACUCGCUCUUUGGACAUUCGCACAGUCACUCUUCAGCCGAUAGCGUUUUUGUUCAAGAACAUGGUGGUUUAAAAAACCCAGCAAUCCGUAUCACUUGGAUUGGAUUACUUGCCAAUCUUUCCAUGGCUAUCGGAAAGGGCAUUGGCGGUAUUGUUUUCCACUCUCAGGCACUACUAGCUGAUUCGAUUCACGCUCUAUCAGAUCUUAUUUCAGAUUUUCUGACUCUCGCCACCGUGUCUGUUGCUGCACGUCCCCCGACCCAAGAUUUCCCUAAUGGCUACGGUAAGAUCGAGACCCUUGGUUCUUUGGGCGUAUCAGCACUGCUCUUUCUCGCAGGUAUUUCCAUGGGUUGGAAUGGCCUAAUUUCUAUUCUUCAGCAACUUCUUGGGGAAAAUUACUUUUUAGAUCUCAUCACCCAGUUUGUAGGUCAUGGCCAUUCACACUCCCAUAUUGGUACCGUCGAUCACGCAGCAUCUGAAGCUAUUGCUCAUACUCACACACACUCCUCUGAUGCUGCCUCUGCCGCCGCAACUGCCAUUGCUGUUGCGCCGUCUGUUGAUCUCAAUGCCAUGUGGCUCGCUCUUGCCUCCGUGGGUGUUAAAGAAUGGCUUUUCCAUGCUACAAUGAAGGUUGCCAACUCUACAGGUUCUUCUGUGCUUGUUGCCAAUGCCUGGCACCAUCGCAUCGACUCGCUCACUUCUAUUGUGGCCGUUGCCACCAUUGGUGGUUCUUAUCUUUUUGGCCUUAACUGGCUUGAUGCCCUGGGAGGUCUUCUCGUCUCCUGCGUUAUCAUCCGUGCUGGCUACCAAAAUGGCUUCGCCGCAGCUCUCGAACUUGCUGAUAGCAGUACUACCGUUCCACACGAGAUUAUUGAGACCAACACACAUGCAGUCAAGACUGCUCUUACUCAGGCUACAGCUGAAGGGGCUAUGAAUCUUGGUGACUUUGACAUCCACAAGAUCCUUGUCAUGUCAUCCGGUCCAAAUUAUAUUACUCAGGUCGAGCUCAAGACUGCCCCUAACACCAGCAUUGCAAAGUCUGCAAAUGUCACCACGUUUGUGGAAAGAGAGCUUCUUGCCCACGACCCCAGACUUAAACGUGUCACUGUCAAGUGCACCGAUACCGAGUCUAUCAAGCGUCUGCUAAGCGAACAAAAGGAAAAACAUGCUUAG